CCCGUUUCUCGCAACCCACACAAAGCUAAUCGGAAGUGGGGAAGAGACCUCCCCUUUUCCGUUCGAUGUGCCAUCGGCCGCUGGGGCCAAAACGGGUGAAAAUUUUUCUUUCUAACGUGUUCAAUUGGCCGAGGCCGAAGCCAAGCGAGAGAGAGAGAGAGGCAAUGUAUCCGACCGUCUCUUGCUGCUGUCAAUCGCUGCUACCGCCGCCCACGCUUAACAGCUUUUCUCACUCGUAUUCCUCGUGGAGUGCAGCAGCACCACGCCUCCAUGACAUUCCAGCCACCGCCACCUCUACCAGCAGACGGUCCUCUAGGGCGGGGAGAGGCGCGAUGGGGGUGGUCUGUGAGGUGAAUCUGAAGCAGGAUCUUUCUGCCACCCUGGGUGAGGGUCAGGAUGACAAAGGUGGGGCUACCAAGAUCGGAGCCAGGGUGCGAGUCAAGGUCCCUCUCAAGGUUUAUCACGUUCCGAAGGUUGCAGAGCUCGAUCUUAAUGGAAUGGAAGGGGAGGUCAAGGAUAACGUGUCCAUCUGGAAAGGCAAGCAUAUCUCUGCUAAUCUACCCUAUAAGGUCCAGUUUGCUGCUCAAGUUGGUGGCCGCAACAUCAAAUUCUUCGCCCAUCUGAGAGAGGAUGAAUUUGAAUACAUCCAACAAUAACAAAAAUCAGGUACGCUGCUGUGGUAGGAAAGUCCUGCUCCUACGGGAAUCCCUCGGUGCCGCUUUUGCUUGGGUUUUCUCUGUUUUCCCUCUACCCUUGGAUGUGGAUUCUGUAAUCAACGAAGAAGAAAAGAAAGAAGCAUUUUACUGUUGUUUCAUAUUUAUUGUUGUUGGAAAUAAUCAUGUAACAGACAGCGAUACUAAAGUAAGCUUUUCUGUUUUCUGGUUUUCA